AAGCCAUUACCCUCAUAUAAACCGCGGCUGCCCAACCCGUCUUCCGUGAAACAUCUCAUCAGCAGUCCCCCAUCUCGAAUCGCGAAACAAGCAUCUCGUCUUUUUGAUCCGUCGCCAAGCUGCACUGGACGAACUAGGGUCUCCCAGUCGGCUGGUUCCGAGGCCGGUGCGGGGCGCCACACGAUCUUAUCAAAGCGAUUCAUCUACAAUGUGAUCCAUGAGUCGGGGCCCGGGGGGUGGUGGAAUUCAUGUGUUUUGAGAAGCCAAGUCCCAAUCAACAAUGGCAUUCAUCAGCCUGCCAGCGACAAGUCGAUGGGAUAAAGAACAGAAGGAAUGCGGGGCUGAGGUGCGUCUUCCAGGCACUCGUAUCGUUUGCCGCAUUCAAUUGGCGUUGCCCCGAGCACACAAUCGCCAACCGAGGUUAUCCGGUUCGGUAAUCGACAUCACGGGCUAAAAAGACACUGGGUCCCCCGCGGCCGGUGGACCGCACUUGCCGGAUGCACCUCGGUGGCCUACAGCGUAAAUACCAUGGCCAGGCCCCCUAUAACCUAUUAGAGGUGUCCCUGUCGUCACUUUUUUGUCGUCGUCGUCAUCUUCACCAUUGCCAUUGCAUUGCGUGCGUGUUGUAUAUCUGGUUUUGCUAUUCAUUCAAUCUUGCUGGCGGACGUCCCCAACAUUCGAAUUACUUGCCGAGCCCAUCUGCCGUCAUCGCGAUUUGCAGAUAGCCAACCACCUGGAAAUCAUCCACCGGCCGAUAUCGAUAUACACCUUUUUGUGACGUAUCCACUUAUCGCGAACGACAGCGCAACCACCGGAGGAGUUGCAUUCAGGUUGUAAGGAGAGCCCUCUUUUGAGGCGCAAGGAGUAAACAAGACAUCACACAAUGGGUGCUCAGUCAAAGCCCGCCCCAAUUGGGCCCUGGGGUCUUGCGACAGCAGGCGCUGCCGGUGCUGUGUUUGCCAACACGCUGGUGUAUCCUCUCGAUCUCGUCAAGACCAAACUCCAGGUGCAAGUAAAGGCCAACUCCGAGAAGGGCGAGGGCGCCUCCGAUGAGCCGCACUACAAGUCAUCAUGGGACGCUAUCUCCAGGAUUGCUUCCGCUGAAGGAAUUCAGGGUCUCUAUGCCGGUAUGGCUGGAUCGCUGCUUGGUGUUGCUUCUACCAACUUUGCCUACUUCUACUGGCAUUCGACUGUUCGCACUCUGUACCUCAAGCACAGCAAGCACACGGGGCCCACCUCGACCAUCACCGAACUCUCCAUUGGUGCUGUUGCAGGCGCGCUUGCUCAACUCUUCACCAUCCCAGUCGCAGUCAUCACCACUCGGCAACAGACGCAAAACAAGGAGGACAGAAAGGGUUUCUUCGACACUGCGAAGGAGGUUAUUGAGGGCGAGGAUGGCGUCUGUGGGUUGUGGAGAGGUUUAAAGGCGAGUUUGGUGCUGGUCGUCAACCCGUCCAUCACAUAUGGUGCCUAUGAAAGGUUAAAGGAGACUCUGUUUGCCGGCAAGAAGAACCUUUCUCCCAUGGAGGCAUUUGCCCUCGGUGCCAUGUCCAAGGCUCUCGCCACUAUUGUUACUCAGCCCCUUAUCGUUGCCAAGGUCGGCUUGCAGUCUAAGCCGCCAGCGAUUCGUCAGGGCAAGCCAUUCAAGAGCUUCGUCGAGGUGAUGCAGUUCAUCAUCCAGAACGAAGGAGCUCUGGGUCUCUUCAAGGGCAUCGGACCCCAGAUUCUCAAGGGCCUGCUGGUUCAGGGCAUCUUGAUGAUGACCAAGGAACGUGUCGAGCUUCUUUUCAUUCUUUUCCUCCGUUACAUUCAGCUUGUGCGUUCCAAGCAGCUCAGAAGGUCUGCUGACCUGGCUGCGGCAGCCAAGCUUGUUUCACCUGUGACUGUGAAAUAAACAAAGUUCAAGCCGAUCGCGGCGCAAAUUACAGAAGAAUACCCAUAUCGCCAACAUGGCGAGGCCUGAGAUGUUAUGAGCGGGGGCGCUUGAAUAGAGGACGAAGGAGAGGGACAUUUUGUAAAUAAGAACGCCAUAUAGAUAGGUCAUAUCUGAGAAUAAUGAUUGCAAUGUGUUAUGUUAA